AUGGGGCGGGUUGGAGUCUUAACAAACUCGGUGAUGGUGUGUGCUCCAUUAAUGGCUCAAUCUGUUGAGCAAAUGGUGAUUGACAUGCAGAGUGCAAGGGCACAAGGAGCUGAUGUUGUGGAGGUCAGAUUGGACUACAUUAACAACUUGCAGCCUCGUAAAGACCUGGAAACUAUCAUCAGAAACAAGCGAUUGCCCGUGAUCAUCGUGUGCAGGCCAAAGUGGGAAGGUGGUCAGUAUGAAGGGGAUGAGCACACAAGGUUGGAAGCACUUCGUUUAGCACAUGAAUUGGGAGCUGAUUAUGUUGAUUUUGAGCUCAAGGUUGCAUCUGAUCUGAUAGAGGAACUGAAAAACAAGCAUCGGACUGGUGGCAAAGUCAUUGUAUCUUCUUAUUUGAAUGGUACAACCCCUUCAAAAGAAAAUAUGAGCCAUCUUGUUGCAAGCAUGCAAGCUACCAGAGCAGAUAUCAUUAAAAUUGUUUCUAAUGCAAAUGAUAUUACAGAACUGGAAAGGAUUUUUCAUUUGCUUUCACAUUCUGAGGUGCCAGCAGUUGCAUACUCAGCAGGGGAAAGAGGCCUCAUAAGCCAGUUAUUGUGCCCCAAAUUCGGUGGUGCUUUAGUCUAUGGAUCGAUGGAAGGAAAUCCAAUUCCUGGUCUGCCUACUUUAGACAGCCUUAGAGAAGCCUACAAGGUUGAGUGCAUUAAUUCAGAUACUAAAGUUUUCGGUCUACUUUCAAAACCAGUUAACCACAGCAAAGGUCCUAUAUUGCAUAAUCCUACCUUCAGACAUGCAAACUAUAAUGGAGUUUAUGUCCCAAUGUUUGUUGAUGAUCUCAAUAAGUUCUUUGAUGUCUAUGCAAGCCCUGACUUUGCUGGUUACAGUGUUGGGUUUCCAUACAAAGAAGCUGUCGUGAAGUUCUGUGACGAAGUCCAUCCACUGGCUAAGUCUAUCGGUGCUGUUAAUACCAUCAUAAGGAGGGCUAGUGAUGGGAAGCUGAUAGGUUAUAAUACAGACUGUGAGGGUUCAAUAACUGCAAUUGAGGAUGCUUUGAAAGAACAGAGAUAUAUCAACGGCAUAUCUUCAAAUUCUCCAUUGGCUGGGAAACAGUUUGUGGUAGUUGGUGCCGGAGGCGCUGGAAGAGCAAUUGCAGUUGGUGCUAAAAGUAGAGGAGCCCGUGUAAUUGUUUUCGACGUUGAUCUUGAGAGAGCAAAGUCUCUUGCACAAGCUGUUUCUGGCGAAGCUCAACAUUUUGAAAGUCUAGCACAUUUCCAUCCUGAGAAUGGAGCAAUCCUUGCAAAUGCAACUCCAAUAGGGAUGCAUCCGAGUACAGACCGAAUCCCUGUGGCUGAGGCAACCUUGGAAAACUACAAACUGGUCUUCGAUGCUGUUUACACACCUAGAAAAACCAGACUAUUAAAAGAUGCUGAUGCUGCCGGAGCAAUUACUGUAAGCGGAGUUGAGAUGUUCCUCAGACAGGCCAUCGGACAGUUCAAACUCUUCACCGGAAGAAGAGAAGCACCGAAAGACUUCAUGCGGGAGAUUGUUUUAGCCAAAUUCUGA